AUGGUUAAAGCUGUCGCAGUCUUACGUGGUGACGCCGGUGUCUCUGGUACCGUCACCUUUGAACAAGCUUCUGAAUCUGAUCCAACUACAAUCUCCUAUGAAAUCUCUGGUAAUGACGCCAAUGCUGAAAGAGGGUUCCAUAUCCACGAGUUUGGUGACAACACCAAUGGUUGUACCUCUGCCGGUCCUCAUUUCAACCCUUUCUCAAAGACUCAUGGUGCUCCAUCUGAUGAAACUCGUCAUGUUGGUGACUUAGGUAACAUUAAAACUGAUUCAAACGGGUUAGCUAAAGGUUCAAUCACUGAUAAAUUGGUUAAAUUGUUUGGUCCAACUUCAAUCUUGGGUAGAACCGUUGUUGUCCAUGCCGGUACCGAUGAUUUAGGUAAAGGUGGCCAUGCUGACUCAUUAAAGACUGGUAAUGCCGGUGGUAGACCAGCUUGUGGUGUUAUUGGUUUCCAAUCAUAA